CGGACAUUCAAGAACCAAGCGCCCGGUCGCAUCCAGAUCAUCAAGCCUUCAUUUCUUUAUUUUUACUACAACGGAUUAUCAUCGUCAUCAUCAUCUUCUUCCAUUUUCUAUCUCCCUUUAUCAGCGAAUACUCCCUUCUUCUCUCACCUGCAGCCACUUUCCGACCCUCUCAUAUGUGCCUGUUCUAGAUCCGUCUCGGCCACCAUGCACCUCCGUUCGUGCCUUGUGGGGAGCGUUCUCGCUCUAGGCGCCAACGCCUUGCUAGUUAUCCCCGAAGUCGAUGAAGCCAUCGCCCCUGAGAGCGAUUUCCCCCCCUUCCAUCCGCUGGAGGUUUAUGCUGCCAAGAAGCAGCAGGUUGAGCUUCCCUGCACCGAGUGUCCAUUCCCCGAAGUUGGUGAGGAUGGGAAGGUCAGCUGGACUGAUGGCUUCCAAACGUCUCUGUCGUUGGAAUUCUCCACUGAAAAUGGCUUCCUUCUGGCCAACGGUCGCCAAAUCUUCCCUCCACCCCCUCCCACUCUCAUUACUGCCGUGCAGCGCCGGGCGUCUGAUGGCGUGGAAACGGAACCGAUUCCCUUGGGAUACGCUGUAGAGGAAAUGCCACUGCCAACCCCGCCCGAGGACCCUAUGGAGCUCGUGGCUGUGCGCUUCACUGUCCUCGAUCUCGACAGUCGCCCUGUUCCCUUGGACACCGUGGCUUUGACGCUUAUCCACGAUCCUAACAGCGGUGAGCUGUACAUGGCCAAGACCGAGAUUGAAGAGGCAACACCCGACCGUGUCUCCUGGAGACAGUGCCGUGGAAAGCCGAAUUGUCUGAGGAAACUGUUGUUUGACCGGAUGCGGUCCUUGUUCGCAGCGGCCAAGGCCCGUAUGCUUGGAAUGGGUCCCAAGCCGAAGGGCUCGCAUUGCGGUGGUCCCCAUGGCUUGGAUCACCCUCGCCCACCCCCGCCUCACCAUCACCACCACCAUCAUGAUGAUAAUGAUGAGUUUGACCCCGAGCGCAUUGCUCCCCCUCCCAUGGAAGGAGAAGAUGCCGGCUUCAUGGGCCACAUGGGCCACAUGGGCAAGUUUGACCGUCCCCACCAUCACCACCACAUGAACCACAUACACCAUGGCCAGUGGGAACGCACUGUCCACCGCGUGGUCCGCUUCAUCGUGGUUCCAGCUGUGCUGGGUGUUUUGGCAGGUUUGGCCGCUAGCGCUCUCGGUAUGCUGGUCGGCCAGAUCGUGGUCUUCAUGUGGCAGCGUUUCCGCCGCUCUACUCCCAAGGAUUCUUUGGAACAGGGUACUAUGGCUGAAAAACAGGGUCUGAUGACCGAGUCUUCCGAUGAGCUCCCUCCUGCGUAUAGUGAUGAAGAGCCCAUGACUGAGGAAGUGCCUUUGACUAAGAACUGAACCAGUCUUUAAGCGCUGCUAAUCUCGUCGUUCCCCUGGACAAUGCAAGUUGAGACACUGCACAACGACCUGGACAUCUACGGAGGGGUGGCAUUGGCAAGACUUGCCGGCAAAUUCGCCGGAGAUGAAUAUAUUUGAGCUUCUCCUUGUUCCUUUCGGGGUGAUUCUGUAAAGCAAACUCUCGUUCCUAUUUCCUUUCUUUACCAUUUUCGAAACCCCCGUUCCUCCCUUUUUAUUAUUUUUGUCCGCUGGGAUCUAGUUCGCUCUUUCGGCUUUCUUGUCGGCUGUACCAGUCUAGGUACUGCACCAACUCCGCUGCUUUUCCUUAUGUAGCGCAAGCAUGGAUCUUGUUCCGUACC